AAACUGAUUCUCUCAUCACACUCUCUCUCUCUCUCUCUCUCUCUCUCUCACAUACGCAGUGAUUUCGACCUUGUUAGGUUUGUGGGAUUUUUGGGAUGUUUUUAAUAGUGGAUUUUGGCGAUUUGGUCAGGAAAUGGACAGUUGUCGAGUGGUUCCGUGGAUUUUUCCUGUGUUGCGAAGAGGUUUAGGAACUGCCGAUGGGUUUUGAGUCUAGAGAAUUUUGGUCUGAUUUCAUGGUUCGUAAUUUGGUAGUGGAUAGGUGAGGUGGGUACUUCGAGAGAUAAACUCUGAACGUCUCUUUGAUGCUCGAAUCUUUGUCCCCUGUGACUUGUCGCCGAAUAUUUGAUUGAAAAUUCCUCGACGAAGUUGUUAUCCGAGCGGGAGAGCUCAUUGUUUGAUCUCGAGUCUAGGGGGUAUCAAUUCUGUUUGCACAAACAUGGCCGCUGUGCUGACAAUUAUCGCUUCUGAUUUGAGUUCGUCAUGUAAUAAGUGCAAAUACUCUGCUAUAAUUUUAGGAACCUCAGAAUGUUGGCAAUUGUUACUGAGAAUGAGAAAGACGACCGAGGAAGAGUCACUGAAAGUCCAGUUCUAGUCGAACUUUUCGUGAGGGUUUCGUUCCAUUUUCGUAUAGCCACUGUGAUGAAGAGUUCCUCAUUUUGUUUGCAUUGCAGAUUUGUACAGUUGAGAGCCAAGGCUUGGAAUGUAGUUCUCAGCAGACGAAUAAGCUGCUCAUACAGGGAGGCAUUGUGGUCAAUGCGGACUUUCAACAGCAAGCCGAUGUGUACAUUGAGCAUGGCAUUAUCAAACUUGUGGCGCCUAAUCUCAAGGCGGUUGAUGGUGUUCGAGUUAUCGAUGCAACAGGAAAAUUCGUCAUGCCAGGAGACUUGCGAUGACUACUUCAGUGGACAAGCAGCAGCUCUAGCGGGAGGCACCACCAUGCAUAUCGACUUCGCUCUCCCCGUGGACGGAAACCUUGCAGCUGGUUAUCAAGCCUGGAUGAAGAAAGCUGAAGAGUCGUGCAUGGAUUAUGGGUUUCAUAUGGCAAUCUCCAAAUGGAAUGAUGAUGUUGCUAAGGAUAUGGAUUGGCUUGUCAAAGAGAAAGGGAUCAACUCCUUCAAGUUCUUCAUGGCUUACAAGGGCUCAUUGAUGGUUUCGGAUGAGGAAAUUAUUCAGGGCUUUAAGAAAUGUAAGGAACUUGGAGCCGUUCCACAAGUGCAUGCUGAGAAUGGUGAUGCAGUCGAGGAAGGUCAGAAUCGAAUGAUUCAGCUUGGUAUUACUGGACCUGAAGGACAUUCUCUUUCUCGACCCUCUAUGCUCGAAGGAGAAGCUACGGGAAGAGCUAUCCGAUUGGCUAAAUUUGUCAACACACCCCUCUAUGUAGUUCAUGUCAUGAGCAUUGAUGCUCUUGAUGAGAUUUCUCGAGCACGGCAUUCUGGGCAACGUGUGAUAGGAGAGCCAGUAGCAAGUGGAUUAGCGCUGGAUGACUCAAAAACUUGGGAUCCUGAUUUUAAGAUCGCUGCCCAGUAUAUUAUGAGCCCCCCUCUUCGACCUGCUGGUCACAAGGAAGCUCUUCAAGCGGCCUUGUCCUCGGGAAUCCUUCAGUUAGUGGCUACAGAUCAUGCCCCUUUCAAUUCAACUCAGAAGGCGCUUGGAAAGCAUGACUUUCGGGUGAUUCCUAAUGGUGUUAAUGGGAUUGAGGAGCGAAUGCACAUUGUAUGGGAUACCAUGGUGGUAAUGACCUCCCUGCACCCUUUCCAUAAUUCCGGCAAAAUUUCACCGAUGGACUAUGUCCGCGUUACUAGCGCUGCAUGUGCCAAAAUAUUCAAUAUUUAUCCGCGGAAAGGAGCGGUGCUGCCAGGCUCUGAUGCAGACAUUAUCAUUUUGAACCCAAAUGCAACUACUACUAUAUCCGCGAAAACACACCACUCAAGGAUAGAUACCAACGUCUAUGAAGGCUGGAUCAUGAAGGGGAACAUUGAAGUAACAGUCAGCCAAGGAAAUGUGGUGUGGGAGAAAGGCACGCUUAAUGUACACCGUGGAAAAGGCCGCUACGUUUAUAUGAAGCCAUUCAGUUACCUUUUCGAUGGUCUUGACAAGCUAGAUGCUACUUACUUGACUUCGUUGAGAGCUCCUGUCCACCGAGCUGCUUGAAAUUUGAUGGUGGAUGAGACGGACUGGCUGCAGAGGCAAGCGGGAGUUGAAUCCCAAUCCUACUGAUUAGAAAAAGAACUCUCUGGUAUUGCUGAGCAAAAUGCUCUGCCAGCCUCCAAUCAGGAAAUUCAGGUGAAUACUUAGGCUCUCCAGCAUGAAUCCUUAUGAUACCGUCUUUCCUCUGUCAUGGCUAUAGAUUUAGAUGUGCUUGUAAUUAUUAUUCCUAGCAGAGAAUAAUCUACUUAUCUUCUUGUCAAGUGAACCUUGUGUGCGAACAACGCUGUAGAAAUGUAUCUUAUUCUCAGAUCCGAGUUUGUAAAGAGAAAUAUGCUAUCUUCUUUUGUGUGCAGCAAUGCAGUUUCUAUAUGUAUCA